AAGGUCGGCGGAUCAAUUUUUCGACGGAGAUCCCGACCGGACGAGGGAUUCCGCCGGCAACCCAACUAACUUGCUGGCUUCAUUCAACCAGCUCCAUGUUAACGGUUGAGGAUCAGCAACGCUAAAUUAUCGGGAAACAUUUUGAAUUGAGUUUUUCUUUCGAUUACAUUUGUCCCUGGUGAUUUACCUCUGUCCUCUGCUUAGGAUGACCCGACAUUCAGCGCGUGCGCAGUGCGACAGCUAAGCUUCCCCUCCGACUGUCUGUCUGCUAUGGCGCUGCCGGCGACCGCCUGGGGAUUCGCGGACAACGACGACGACACUGGCAGUCGCCGUGUAAGACCUGGCUUGUUUCUUCCGAAUCGCAAGCUUCGCCAUUUGCAGGGCCUCUCUGUCCGGAAUCUCGUUGUUAGCCCGCCGAGUCGACCGCGCGGGAAGACCAUCGACGAUGACAACAUCCCCAACUCGCUACAUACGCCUUUGAAAGCACUCGCCGAGGAUUCAGCGAAACCCUUACAUCAGUCGCGCUCCUUCACCGAUCUUAAGUCGACCCCCGCCUCCAGCGCAGAAGGCCGCCCUCGCACAGAACAGCCACCCCCGUUGCGACAAUGGCAGAGGAGGAACACGCUACCCUGGAAUGGACCCAAUCCACGCGCGCGGCAGGUGAAGCUGGAGGAGAUCACGAGCAGCCGCAUGGCAGAUACAUGGUUCUCGAUUCACUGCGACGGAGUCGACGAGCCGGUUUACGUGAGUGAGGUGGUCGAGCAUGCCACCAACCCCAGCUUCCGGUCUUUCGAUCUCAAUAUAUGUGGUCCGGCCAUCGCUCGUCGUGAUCAGAUUACGGUGAAGGUCUGGGCACGCACGGCGGCCAUGGAGGAGUACUUGCUACUGGUGGAAUUGCAGCUGUGCUUGCAGUCUUUGCAAUUCCUGGGGAAGUCCCUGGAUAACUUCCAUCAGCCGCUCCCACCGAAUUCGAUCCUGUUUCAUUUUGCAGAUGGUGUCUAUACCAAUCUAACUGAUCUUCCCCCUGUGGUCACUCCUGUACCUUCCCGCCACCCCCGAUCCGCCGAUGGUGCCACGUUACCAACGUCGUCGUACGAUGCGCUGAUGCGAUUGGCCAAUUUGGACGAGUGUAUCCAGGAUGCCCUGACGACCCGAGAUAAGCUGGAGGCGCAAAUAAGCUUGAUAUUGGAAGAGAACCAGCGCGCGCUGACUACGACCAGUAAUGCUUCACGGGCUCGGGAUAAGCUCGCGCUCACCAAGCAUGCCGUUGCGACGGAGCGAAAGCAGCUUCGCAGUGCAACGAAGCGGAAGGAAGAAUUGCUCGCCAGUCUUCAAGCGAGACGAGAGGCCAUGGAGCGUGGACGCCAGACACAAGCCCGGGCGCGCAGUCAUCUCCCGGACGCGCAGGAGAAACUGGGCUCGAGCGUGAAGUUGCUAGAACAAAACACGGACGAGGGUCGGGGUCAGAUCCGGCGCAUGUCCGAGGACCUAAUUGCGAUUUAUCCUAUUGAACCCAUCCCGGACAAGCCGCUUGCUUUCACCAUCGCUGGAAUGGCCUUGCCCAACUCGAAUUUUACGGAUGUCGACCGCGAUGGGGUUGCGGCUGCGCUGGGAUAUACCGCGCAUCUCGUGUAUCUGCUGUCGUUCUACCUGUCCAUUCCGCUGCCGUACCCGAUAAACCCGUAUCUGUCGCAUUCGCUGAUCCAGGACCCGGUGUCUGCGUCACUGCCGCAACGGACGUACCCGCUCUACCCGGUGAAUGUGCAAUACCGGUUUGAGUAUGGAGUAUUCCUGCUGAACAAGGACAUUGAGUUCCUGUUGAAUAAGCAAGGGCUGCGCGUGCUCGACAUCCGACAUACCCUCCCCAACCUGAAGUAUCUGCUGUACGUGCUCACGGCGGGCACGACCGACAUCCCUGCGCGCAAAGCUGGGGGCAUCCGGGGCCUAUUGCCCGGGCGAUUGACCCCGAGUUUGUCGCGCCGGGGUAGCGAGGCCAGCAGUACUAAUGGUGAGGCGGUUUUCCCUCGCAGAGGAGUGAGUUCAGUGAUAAGUGCCAACGGGGAAGCGAUAGCGCCCGACAAGGGAAAGCGAGCCAUGGCGAGUACUAGUUUGGCCGAUGCAGCGCCAUCUGUGGCCUGAACGUCUGGGUUUUAACUUGAUUUUCUCUAUGUGUGUAUGAUUUAGCUUUGGGAUCUCCCUACACAUGACAUGAUCAUGCUUGUUGCGAUUGAUGCUGCUUGGGUCUUGCAUUUGUAGGCCAUGUUUGGAGUCGAGCGUGUACAAUCUUUUUUUUUUUUCUUUCUUUGAAUUCCCU